CGAGUCUGCAGUUCGUCGCGGUCGUCGGUGCAACUCCACAACAUCACCUGCUGCGGCCGCUGCACUCCCGCCCAGACGACCGUAUCGCGUACGCACGAUUCACUCGGACCAUAAGUACGCUGUUAUAUAAUAUCAGGUAUAUACCGCGUCGCAUCAUCGGGGUAGGUAUACCUAUAUAAAUACGUGCAACGAAACAAUAAUAACAAAUCUCGGUCCGGUCGCGCGUGCCAACGGCACAAUAAUAUUAAUAUAUUUUAAUAAGCGGUGACGGACGGACGGAUCGUAUCUUUUUUUUUCUCUUUCGCGACGCACUUUCACCGCGCUUGAAUUCGCCGACCGAGUUGUCUACCGUCGUCGUCGUCGUCGUCGUCGGCGGCGGCAGCUCACUCGCAUGUCACUCGCGGUCCACUCCGUAUAGUCGGCAGCCGCACAGUUGCACGCGACUGGCCGCCGGUUGUGCGCGCUCGUAAUAAAAUAUAAUAAUUAUUAUUAUAUUAUUUCCGGACACGUGUCCGUCGCACGUCGUAAAUCGUCGAAUCGUACUCCGCACCGUUUUCAUAUAUUUUCAUCGUUCGCGAUGUUGCACCUGUAGGUUUUAUUUUGCGUUUCGUCGCGGUUUUCGAUUUCGCGGCGUCCCGUUCGCGAUCCGUUCGGUCUCGUGCGGGAGGGGGGUCCGCGCGCGCGAAAGGGUCCGAUCGUAUUAGGCGUAAUAAUAUAAUAUUGUCAUUGGGUUUUGUUUUGAUUUCACCGUUUUCCGUUUCAUUACCGACGACGAUCACAAUACACAACCGAGUGUACAUUUUUAACGAACGAUAAAAAAAAUUAAAAAAAUUACCUCGUCGGAUGUAUAAUAUCCGAACGAAAUGACAACGGCCGCCACCUGCAACGCAACCACCGGAACAUACCGGCAGAGGUCUACGUUUGUACGGAGCAGGUUUGUCGGUGGCUGAAUACGCAUAGUCAACGGGUCAUGUUUUGGCCAACCGUGUUGGCGUUGUUGCAGUUGGCCGCGGAUGGACGGACGGACGAAUUCGUUCUCGGCUACUUGACAGGCUCGAGGAGACGGCCCGGCGACAUCGGUUACUCGAAACCCGGUCGCACGAUCAGCGGUGCAAUAUCGUUGGCCGUCGAGGAGAUAAACUCGGGAUCGUUUAAGGACAAAGGUCAUUCGUUGAGUUUUCUGGUAGCCGAAACGUAUGGAGACGAGUCGACUAGUAUACUCGAAACGGCGGAAUUGUGGAAGAAAAAUAUCUCGGCUUUCAUCGGACCACAAGAGACGUGUCUGCACGAAGCUAGAAUGGCUGCUGCCUUUAACCUGCCGAUGAUUUCCUAUUUCUGCAUGGACUCGGACACGUCGGAUAAAACGCUGUUCCCGACGUUCGCCCGCACACGUCCGCCGGACACUCAGAUAUCCAAAUCCGUGGCCGCGGUCCUGAAAGCUUUCAACUGGACUCAGGUGACGUUUUUUUAUUCGAACGCAGACGACACUCAUUUCGGUAAGAUCGCGUCUACCAUAUCAGAUGUGUUUUCCAAAUCUGGUAUAGAGAUCACGGCCAAAAAGACGUGGAACACACAUUAUUUGCACGGCUACACGGCGAAUCCAUUCGUUAAACUUGUCGCCGACACGUAUCAAGACACAAGAAUAUACGUUGUUUUGGGAAAUUACUACGAUCACACCGGUCUCAUCGUGGCCAUGGACGAAAUGGAUUUGUUCAAAAACGGUGAAUAUUUCGUUGUGGGUGUGGACGUGGAGCAGUAUGACGCAGAAAACCCUGGGAAAUAUUUAACCGGAAUGUUGUCAAACAAACCUGAUCCGAUUUUGGAAAAAGCUUUUCGGUCGUUUUUUAGUGUGGUGCCCACGCCACCUAGAGGGUUCAAGAAUUUCUCAGUCAAAGUCAACGAGUAUAUGGAAAAACCACCAUUUCAGUUUCCCAAUCCCUUGGUGCAGUUGGGUGGCGUCAAACAGAUUUCUGUCGAGGCAGCGUAUCUGUACGACGCCGUUCAUUUGUAUGCGAGAUGCGUGCUGGAGAUGAUCGAGUGCGGUGAUGAUCCGAGGAAUGGUUCGGCCAUGAUGGCCAAAUUCAAAGGUUCACACUACAAAAGCGCAUUGGGAUACGGAGUGUACAUGGACGAAAACGGUGACGCGGAAGGAAAUUAUACAUUGGUGUCACGGCAACGGCAAUCUGACGCCUCCAAAGGAUAUGGCUUAUUUCCAGCUGGUAGAUUCGCUAAGCCCCGAAAUUUAACCAAAAACCCGGAGUUGACGUUGGUGGUGAACGUCGAAUGGAUUUCUGGGAAACCUCCCGUGGCCGAACCAGCUUGCGGGUAUCGCGGCCAGAAGUGCAUCACGCACACUGCGGAAAUAUUGUCGAUCGUGGCCGGGACGCUGCUGCUGGUGUUGGCCGUCAUCUCGCUGGUGUUCUACAGGAACUGGAAGUACGAACAGGAGCUGGACAGCCUGCUGUGGAAGGUCGACUACAAGGACAUCGAGAUCAAUGACACGGAGAACAGCAGCACCUCGUCGAAGAUAUCCAGAGCUUUGCAUCCAUUGAUUCGGACUAGUCAAGUCUCUUUAAGCUCUAACCCGGAUGCGGAUUUUCGUUACUCAUCAAUAUUCACCGCAGUCGGCAUUUAUAAAGGUCGAGUGUUCGCCAUCAAAAACGUGAAAAAGAAGUCCAUUGAUAUUACUAGAGCUAUGAAAAAAGAACUUAAAGUGAUGAGAGAUUUGAGACACGAAAACUUGAACGGAUUCAUAGGUGCUUGCACAGACCCUCCGAAUAUCUGUAUAGUGACUGAAUAUUGUAAUCGAGGUAGCUUGAAGGAUAUUUUAGAAAACGAAGAUGUGAAAUUGGAUAACAUGUUUGUCGCCUCGUUGGUAGCCGAUAUAAUUCGUGGUAUGUUGUAUUUACACGAUUCCCCAUUAAGAUACCAUGGAAAUUUGAAGUCGUCCAAUUGCUUAGUGGAUUCUCGUUGGGUGCUGAAACUCACAGACUUUGGUCUUCAGGAGUUCAAAAAGGAAUCAGAAGACUUUCCGCAUCAUUUUCUACAGCACGACUUUCGACUUCAAAAGGACGACGAAGUGGAUUGCAAGUGUGAAGGACUUUUAUACAUCUCACCGGAGCUGUUGCGUUGCUACAACUCUUCUAUUCAAAUAUCAUUCGGAACUCAGAAAGGGGAUGUGUAUUCAUUCUCUAUUAUUCUGUAUGAAUUGCAUAGCCGUAAAGGUCCUUUUGGAGAGAACCACGGACUUGGGGUGUCAGAUAUUUUGAGAAAAAUUAUUUAUUAUUCACAACAAGAUGGUUCAAAUCCAUUUAGGCCACCAUUGGAACUACUAGAAAAUAACUUUGAUUUUGUCAGAGACUGUUUAGAAGACUGUUGGGCAGAGAAUCCAGACGACCGCCCAGAUUUCAAGACUAUCAGAGUUAAAUUAAGACCCAUGCGAAAAGGAAUGAGACCAAAUAUUUUUGACAACAUGAUGGCAAUGAUGGAAAAAUAUGCCAACAAUUUAGAGGUAUUGGUUGACGAACGAACCGACCAGCUUGUGGAGGAAAAGAAAAAAACAGAUGCACUGCUGUACGAAAUGUUGCCGAAGUACGUAGCUGAGCAACUAAAAAGAGGACAUAAAGUGCAAGCAGAGAAUUUCGAUUGCGUGACAAUUUACUUCAGCGAUAUCGUGGGUUUUACAUCGAUGUCUGCAGAAAGCACUCCUUUUCAAGUGGUUGAUUUUUUGAACGACCUAUAUACGUGCUUUGAUUCGAUAAUUGAGAAUUACGAUGUUUACAAAGUAGAAACAAUCGGAGACGCGUAUAUGGUGGUUAGUGGUUUGCCUAUUAAAAACGGGGACAUGCAUGCCGCAGAAAUCGCUACUAUGUCAUUACACUUGCUCGAAGCCGUAAAGAAAUUUCAAAUUAGACAUAGGCCGUACGACAGCCUUAGGCUCAGAAUAGGGAUUCAUUCCGGUCCAGUCUGUGCCGGAGUCGUUGGCUUGAAAAUGCCCAGAUAUUGUUUGUUCGGUGAUACAGUAAAUACUACCAGUCGAAUGGAAUCCACCGGACAAGCGUUGAAAAUCCAUUGCUCGAGCGAAUGCCGGACCCUGUUGGAACGGCUGGGUGGUUAUCAGACCACCGAACGGGGAUUGGUCGAGAUGAAGGGCAAAGGCAACGUGCGCACAUAUUGGUUGGUGGGCGAGGACCACCUGCACCGGUUGAAGAGGGACGAGUUCAGGGCCCAGCGCCGGGAGCAGCAGACAGGCAGCAAGCAACGUAAGUCGUCCAGACAUCAGAAGAGCGUGAAGGAUGGGCCGCGGAGCUCGUUAAAGGUCCCGAAGACCACCAUGAACGGACAGUUGUCCAGGUGUUGCAGUUUGGAGUCGCCGAAGAAGUUGCGUUUCGCGAUGCACCACGACGACGGCACCCCGGUCAGACGGCGGCCGUCGGGUGUUGCCGAGGAGGAAGACGAGUACUGCUGCGACCGGCACCUGAGCGUGUCGUGCCCGUGCAUAGAUCAUUUCGAUCAGUCGGACCCGACGGCGGCUGGCAAACGGCCGACCAACUGUGGAGCGUUGCUGCAGGCCCCGACAGUCAGGGUGCCGGGUUUCCCGCGAGUCAAUUCGGCGCCGGUCACGCCGAUGGCGGCUGACUGUCUGGAGAUGACGGCCGUCUCAUCGCUGUCCGCCAUGGACGAUGUCAACGAACCGUUGAUCAAGUCGGACGACUACUGCAAGGACGGCGCGAUAACGUUCGUGUGACCCGCGUGACGAUCGCCGCGGCCCAGGAAUGGGAUGGCGGGAGGAGGGUGAGGCCCUUCGCCCCCCCCCCCCCGGAACCCUGGCACGAUGAAGGCGUGGAGGUGUGGUGAAAGUCGUCGUUCGAGCAGAGGAUGAUGCGCUUUAAAGGACCCGUUCGCUCGACAUUUGCAUUCAAGGGAACUGCGCAAGACUGUAAAACUGUGUCGCCUAGAGAUUGAAGCGAGAAUCUACCGAUCGCCGAACUGUUGUAGUAAUAAUAGAAUAUUAUUCCAACAGCUGUGUUUCCCUCUAUAGAUUGUCAGCCCCUCGCCCCCCUCUCCCUCGAAACUAGUGUACGGGUGACACCAUAAAUCAUUUCACUGUUGUAGUAAUAACUGUCGUCGCGAUAUUGUCCCUAUUUAUACAUUAAUUUCGUGGUCCCGUGAUGACGAUGAGACGGCGUACUACGGUGGUAAUCAUCUGAUUGUUAGACGCGCAUCGAGUCCGCGGAGACCGACCGCGAUAAUACUAGGUAUACGGUAUUGCCGUCGACGUCGUCCUUAUAAUAUAUUACAUUGUUACGUCGCGUCGUGUCUUCAUUAUAUUAUAAUCAUUGUUAGGUAUAACAAUUAUAAUUAUUAUCGGUCUGAGCGCCACCCGACCGCGAAACGUAUAUAAUCAUCCAUGUCCUAUGCGGAGAUGGCGGCGAACGCGAAACGAUUUUCGAUCAGGAUACGUCGAUCCUUGUCGACAGGCACGGUGACUUGUACUUAGGCACUAUGUCAAUAGGAACCCACAAACACCUCUUCGUUUCCAUACACAUUAUAAUGAUAUGGAAACAUUAUGUCCAUAAGCUUUAACGUUGUGUUAUAUCAUUGUAUGUAGAAUUGUACGCGUCCUGUAACAUUCCAAACAUUUAUAUAUUAUUAUACUAUAGUUUUUUUAAAUAUUAUAUUAAAAUAUAGUUAUGGU